AUGAAAUGUUUUACUUUAGAUCAAAGAUUCAAAAGUUUUUCUUUACCAUUAAAGAAAAUAUCGGUGCCCGUAUUUGAUCCGUCCAAGUUUCAGAAUAAAGAUGAGGAAAGCGAACUAAUUGAACAGUUUCCGAUAAACGUGACGUCGCUCAUGAACGAGGACAAGCUGUGGGGUUGUUUCUACAACUUUCCGGAGUUAUAUGACGAAAUCUAUUCGCCUCUUGUACGUGUGAGGAAUGUAGAUGAUAUUCCCAAAAUUGAAGGUGGCAUGCUUACAAGGGACCUCGUUUGCACCUGCUUAAGCUAUUUAAAACGAUCACCUAUUUUGGGCGACUACGUAUGUAUUAAAUUGGAUUUGUCGUCCAAGUUUCUUACUAAUAUCGAUGUGUUGAAACAUUACAAAUAUUUGGUUUAUUUGGAUUUAUCGUCCAAUCAUUUAGAAGAUCUUGGCGUUCUCUCUUUUCUUCCAUAUAUACAAUACCUUAAUGUAUCCUUCAAUAAAUUUCAAGCCGUAUUGGAUUAUGAAACACCCCAAUGGUUUUUAACUGAAGUGCAUUAUAGAUAUAAUUCUAUUAUGAAAAUACGUGACUUACAAGCUUUCUGGUCAAUAACGGUCCUUGACCUAUCACAUAACAAUAUUAAAGCUAUAACUGGAUUGGAAACACUUAGAUAUCUUCGCCGACUAGACCUAUCCUUCAACCAUAUACACAAAAUCGAAAACUUAAAUAAUCUCCGCUUACUUUGGCUCGAUCUUUCUUAUAAUAACAUUUCUGAUUUUGAAUUCGAUGAUAAAUCUGGACUCUGGACGUUACUUCACCUGGAAUUCUUGAAUAUUAAUGAAAACAGUCUAACAUCUAUGAAAUUGUUCUCGGGAUGUAACAGACUCCGGGAAAUUUACGCUAGAAAUAACCGACUAAGUUCCUUAUUGGAACUGGCAGUAUACAUGAACAAGUUGCGCCGCCUGACCCUCCUUGACCUCCGGUCCAACCCCAUCUGCUCUGUACCUGGGUAUAAAGAUGUCGUCAUCAAUACAUUUCCCCUUUUGAUUUGCUUAGAUGACACAGAACUCGAUCCUAUUGAACAGAGGACACGGAAAAUGAACAUGAAUCCCAAUGUGUUUAUGUUCGCCUCUCGUCGCCUGAUGCGGCUGUUGUACAUAGAACAGCUCUCACGGUCUCGUGUGUCACCUUACAACCCUCCAGCCGACACCACCGAUGUUCCCUUGGUAGUUUUGGUCGGAUACGAAGCUGUUGGUAAAGGCUCGUUGGCUCGUCGCAUAGCAGCAGAAUGCAGUUCGCAUGUAGAAUUAUCUGUGAAGCAUACAACAGCGUUCUAUCAUUCCCAGGGGCAUUAUAAGCAAGUUACGAGAAAACAGUUUGAUGAUAUGUUGUUGGAUGGCCAAUUUCUAACGUACAGUGAGAUGGAUGGAGAGUCAUAUGGUCUAAGUCGCGAGGAGGCAUUUGUAAGAGACGGCAAGGUUAGGGUUGUCACAAUGGACCUUCUAGGCGCUUUAAUGCUGAAAUUGCGAGGCUGGCAACCCUACUUGAUAUUAACGACUUGUUCGGAUAAACGGUCGCUAGCUGCAAGGCAACUCGAACGGAAAAUCGCGAGAGAUUUAGCAAACGAAGACAUUAUAUCAAGUACUAUGAUGGAGAUAUCAACUCUACAAGUUUUACUUUCUGGACGAAUAAUUAUUAAUGGAGUCAUCAAUGAAAUAUUACAGGCGAUACCCGAGGACAAAAGCCAAAGUGAAUUCAUAAUCGAAUCAGAGUGUUCCCUCUUGAUGGAAAGCGAGUCCAGACACGCCCGUAAAUAUAACAAGAAUGUCAAUAGACUGACUGUGUUGACGCCAAGUAGCUCAACUAUAGGAAAUUCCUGUAAGAGUGAACAAGAUAAAAACAGUAUUGUGGGCUCCAGCAUUUACUCUUUGUAUAAGGAAUCCCAGCCCAUUGAUGAGUACACGAGCGAUGUCUAUGGCACACAAUUGGCGGAACGUGGACCUUCCAAAACAAAACCUAAGAUACCUAGUAGCAGACCAAAAAGUUUUGAGAACACAAGAUAUCGUAGAAAUUGGAAAGGUGGUAGUAGGAAGUCUUCAAAAUCAGUUGCAUUUACGUCACCGGAGAACACAGAUUUCACAACGGAAGAAUCGGACCCAUCGGGAUUGUUUGUCGAACCUGUGGCCCAAAAGGAAAUGGAAAACGUUUUACUAACGAAUUCUAUAAGCGCUAGAGUAGUACGAUCCCAUGGCGAAAACGAUUCACAGGAUUCGGAUUUAUGGUUUGCAUUCCUUGCCGAAAACGGUUUGGCACAGGCGAGCGAAAUAUUUUCAGAAGCAUAUAAUGCAAGGAAACGUGAGAGUAGGUUAGAUGAAGGCGAUUUCUUCAAAAUUCAACUGGAUAAUUAUAAGGAGAUACCAAUAGAAACAUUUACAACAACUCUUAAAGAUGAUUAUGAUGAGAUAAAUCGGACAUGCCCUGGACUUUUUUGGGAUACUGUGAACAUGGACAACAAUGAAGUAGCAUUUGCAAAAACCAAAAGGAUUAUUAAAGAUAUUGUGAAGUCUCAGAAUCACUUAAGGCCACUUUUUGAUAUAGAUUUUACUAACUUGACUAACUAUCCAAAUAUGGAAGAAAAAUUGACUGCAAUUUCUAGACAAAUAGCACCUCAAAGGCUUUUCUAUUAA